AUGGAUUCAACAUCAUCUACCAACCUGUUGGACAAACACAACAAGCUCAUCUUUGAGAUCCUCAGAAGCUAUCGUGAUCUCAUGAACUGCGCCACCGUCCAAGGCAUGGACAAAGCCAACCAGAACGACUUUGAAGCUCAAACGACAAAGCUCAACUACAGAGAUCCCGACACAAUGGCAGCUGCUGAAAUACGGACACAAAGAAAGUUUGACCAACUGCACGACAACAUCAAAGAGCUGUUGGCUCUUUCGCGCACCAUCAAGGAACUUUGGGUAUUCGGACCUCUCGAUAGAGCUGACGGUCACCGCCAAGAGAAGGAAGUGCAGAUUGACCGCGACGUGCAGGAAGUAUCGCGUCUGAUGGACAAUUUCGACAUGAAGGCCAUGCGAGAGCUCGCUGAGAAAUUUGGAGGGACCUACGAACCCCAGACUGCUACUGCUUCAUCGUCAUCAACAGCACCGGUGACAGCAACGGAACCGGCGCCUGCGACUGGAAAUUAG